ACACCAACCCUCCUCCCUCUUCCUCCCCAGGUAUGCCCCGGUUCUCCAGCCAGCCUGAAGCAGCCAGCAUACGCCUGGGAGACAGCCAGGUUCUGGCCUGCGAUGUCAACCCAGACCUGGUGCCUUUAGCCCGGUGGGAGCGUGAGCGUGAGCCCCUGGAGCUGAGCUCUAGGCUGGUGCAGCUACCCAACGGAGCCCUGGUGGUGAGCAACGCUUCGGAGGCCGACGCUGGGCUCUACCGCUGCAUGGUGGAGAACGCUGGGCCCGCCAAGACCAGUGAAGAGGCCCAGCUCACAAUACUGCCAGAAACCGGAGAGGAGAGAGAACUGGAGUUCCUGGUAGAGCCACUUCCUGUGACCAAAGUGGUGGGGGCCAGUUUGCUGCUGCCGUGUGUGGUGACGGGUUAUCCAACGCCCUACGUCCGAUGGAUGGUGGGAGACAAGCUUGUUGAGGAGAGUGAGGGGAAGUUGGAGUUGGUGGGAGGAGGCAGUCUGUUGAUCUACAACCUGACUGAGGAGGAUGCAGGCGUCUACAGCUGUAUGGCAGACAUCACUAACAACACUAUCGAGGCCAAGGCAGAGCUCACUGUACAAGUUCCUCCGGAGUUCCUGAAGAGGCCGGCCAACAUCUACGCCCACGAGUCCAUGGACAUCAUGUUUCAGUGUGAGGUCACAGGUUCCCCCGCCCCCACCGUCAAAUGGGUCAAAAAUGGAGACGCGGUCAUUCCCAGCGACUACUUCAAAAUCAUUAAUGAACACAACCUGCAGGUGCUGGGUCUGGUCAAGUCUGACGAGGGCUUCUACCAGUGUCUGGCAGAGAACGAUGCAGGGAACAUGCAGUCCAGCGCUCAGCUCAUCAUCCUAGAGCACGAUGUAGCCCUCCCCACCCCUCCUCCCCCCUCACUGACUCCUGACACUACUGACCAUGUAACGCCAGGCUCCAGAGGUGUGGCUAACCCCACUGGCCCCACCCCUUCCGCCCCCCGUGACGUCGUGGCCUCGCUGGUCUCCACACGCUUCAUCAAGCUCACCUGGCGCCCUCCUGCUGAGCCCAACGGAGAAGACCUCACCUACUCUGUCUACUUCAAUCAGGAGGGUACCAACAGGGAGCGUAUCCUGAACACCAGUCGGCCAGGUGAGAUGCAGGUCACCAUUCAGAACCUGAUGCCCGACUCCAAGUACAAGUUCCGGUGGUGGCACACAACAAGAACGGCCUGGGAGAGAGCUCUGCUGUCCUCAAGUGCAAGUUCCUGGCCCGCCCCCAACCUGCAGGCUGUGUCGACCACCAACCCACCUCCGUCACCCUCAGCUGGACGACCGCCCCUCACUGGUAACGGAGACGUCCUCACCUACAAGGUCUACUAUAUGGAGAAGGGUCUGGACCUGGACAG